UGGGUAUUUGUUCCCGCCCUUUCCCAGCAUCUCCUGACGCCAGCCCCCGUUGCUCUAGGUGAAGCUCAACUCACUCACGAGCUUCAGAAUGAAGCAGGUGUCCAACAUGGCGAACACGAGCAACGGAUCUCUCGCUACUCUCCUCAUUUUAUUCACCAUUUCGGCAGCUAUCUAUACAGGAGCUGCUCAGUUUCCAGUCCAAAGCCAGAAUCUCAUAGCGGACAACGUCUCGGUAGUGGAGGGAGAGACAGCCACCAUAAGCUGUCGAGUCAAAAACAAUGACGACUCCGUCAUCCAGCUCCUCAACCCCAACAGACAGACCAUCUACUUCAAAGACGUCAGACCCCUGAAAGAUGCUCGUUUCCAGCUGGUCAAUUUCUCAGACAACGAGCUGCGUGUGUCGUUAUCCAACGUCUCUCUCUCAGACGAGGGAAGAUACGUGUGCCAGCUCUACACAGACCCCCCACAGGAAGCCUACGCCGACAUCACUGUCUCAGUCCCACCAGGAAACCCAAUCAUAGAGUCCCGCGAGGACAUUGUCAAAGAGGGCAACGAGACAGAGAUAACCUGCACCUCCAUGGGCAGCAAACCUGCUGCAACGAUCAGAUGGAUGAAAGGAGACAAAGAGCUACAGGGCAAGUCUAAAGUGGAGGCCACGUACGACAGGAUGUUCACUGUGACUAGCUGGCUGAGGUUUACCGUCACGAGAGAGGAUGAUGGAGUUCCUGUGGUUUGCAUUGUCGACCAUCCAGCGGUCAAGGACUUUCAGGCGCAGAAAUACCUGGAAGUACAAUAUAAACCUGAGGUGACGAUCAAGGUGGGGUUUCCACAGGGCCUGAUUAGAGAGGGCGAGAAUCUGGAACUGACGUGCCAGGCUAAAGGCAAACCACAGCCUCAUCAGGUGAACUGGAUGCGGGUGGAUGACGAGGUGCCGUCUCACGCGGUUAUCACGGGCUCAGAUCUCUACAUCGAGAACCUCAACAAGUCCUACAACGGCACUUACCGGUGUGUGGCGUCGAACUCCGUGGGCGAAACGUACGCUGACUACAUCCUUUAUGUGCGCGAUGCCCUUACCACAACCCCUAAACCCACAACCACCACCACCACCAUCUCCGCCACAACCUCCCCUCCAGACAUCAUACAAGAUUCACAAGCAGGACCAGAAGCACAGAGAUUGGACCAUGCGGUUAUCGGAGGAGUGGUGGCCGUCGUGGUCUUCGCCAUGUUGUGUCUUCUCAUCGUUUUGGGGCGAUACUUUGCAAGACACAAAGGCACCUACUUCACACACGAAGCCAAGGGGGCAGACGACGCGGCGGACGCCGACACGGCCAUCAUCAACGCCGAAGGGGGCCACAACAACUCGGACGAGAAGAAGGAGUACUAUAUCUGAGUCCCGAGGCCUCCGUUGUUCUUACUAUUUUCUUUUUCGUUCCCUUUUUGGCGGGAGGGGGUGGGGCAUGGGGAAAACAGAGAUAGCUUUUGUUUAUUUGUUUGUUUGUUUGAUUUUUUUUCCUGGGGAUCGAAUGACGUAGAAUGCUACACGGGCAGCUGAGAAGAUGUAGGUAUUUGUGUUAUACAGCGGGAUCAGGGUCGGGGGUGGGGUUUCGGGGCGGGCGGGAUACCAGACGUUGCCAGAAAUGAGUGUAGAAAGCGUCACCACACAGCACCUCCCCAACUGCUGGUAUUUUUCGUUCAUUUCUCGACCAUUUGCAGAAAAUUCUGUGCCUUGUUCUGAAUUUCUUUUCUGAGUCAUGCUUUAAACAACGCCAUCCAUCACGACACCCCUCUCUUUGAAAACACGCACCAUCUCCGAUUAUCAACGUGCCGUCGGCUUUCCUACGAAGGUACAUGAGCGCACACCUCAAUACAUUCCCCUACACUGUGGGCAUCUCCUUCAAAACAUCAUAUCCUCUGUACUAAGAGCAGGCCUAGUCACAUAACAGCGUUCUGAUUUACUCAAAGUCAUCAGCAUCAUGAAGGGAAGCACGAGCAGCUUCCUUCCUUCCUUCCUGUCCCUCGACAAGAUGAUGAGACGGGCGGAGAAUUGAUCCUGAACGUUGCACCUGUUUUCAUUCUGACAGGCCGCGUCUGCAUCGCUGCAGAAUGCUUUUAUCCUCGGUUUACUUCAUUUACUUGAGUUUUUUCCAAUUAUACUCUAUGUGCCAGUACAUCAGAAUGAGCAUAGGUGCAGACGGAACGGUUCCUGCUACGCUGCACCUACGGAGGCUUAUCGUCUCGUUCCGCUCAGCUAAACACAGCCGAAAGCCCUCGCAGGUAUUUAUUGUUUCGGUAUAAUGAUGUCUUAGGUUUUCAUCCAGAAACGUUUUCGCACGGGUCAUAAUGACGAGAGUCGCCGUCACUGAAAAAGGUCUAAAUGCUGUGGCUUACGUUUUGCUUUCUCAUCUUACACCGUAGUUUCCCAUGCAGCGGAGGUGACCCUCUAGCACACGUAAAUAACUACCUAAAAUUGUGUCAAAGCGAGAGUUUUAGAGCCGAGGCUCAAGGGAGAAAGCGCCACAACCGUCACGUUCGUAGAUGUACAGAGAGGGAAGAUUUGGAAAUGAUUUGAUUGCUAUAACUUUACUACCUUAAAAUGCAUUUGAACAGCCAAAAAACAUCUGCAUUUGUGUAUCUCGUUUGUAGGCGAGUCAGUGAGGAUGUGACAUUGAUGUUAAGCAGUCCAACAAGUGUGUAAUGGUAUAUGAUUGCCUGUCAAGUUAAUUGCCUGUUUGUUCUUCCUCAGAGGAAACAGUGGCAAUCGCAGCUAGCUUAUCCUAGUGAUAUUAGUAUUUGAAUAUAAACUGCCCAAAUAUCCCAGACUCCAUGGUGCGAAAAAGCACCGCGGCGAAAUAAUUUCCUCUUGAAGUGUAAACAAUGUGUGUUUUAUUGUUUAUAAUUGCUGUGAGUUGCUCCUCUGGGUUCCCGCUUAUGCAUAAUAGUCCCAGGCUUCAAAUGAGGUUAGUUUGAAUGGAGAGUGAAACAGUCUUUUAUUAUCAAUACAGUUUGAAAAAAAGUCAAAAAAGCUUUUAAUAACAUUCCAAAUAUUUUAGGAAAACAGUCUACGAUGUAAUUAGCCGCAUUUGUGGAUUUUCCCCUAUAUUUACGGUCGUUGUCAACAUGACGCUAACCAAAAAACUCGCUCAACUAUCAUGCUCUCUUCGCUCCUGUGAACGCAUUAGACAUUUCACCGAAGCCUAGCUACAAACGUAGCGCCCGUUAAGGGUACAUAAUGUAAGGUGGCUAAGAUGUCUAAAGUACUUUUCCUAAAGAGAAGUAUUUCUUCUCAUUUCCUCAUGACUCUCUCUGUAGUGUAAGUGAGCUUAGAUGCCAUAGUUUAGGCCCUGCUGAAAUCAACCUCAGUGUGUAAAUAAAACGGCGAGGUUGAGGGGGGAAAACACACUCUUGUUUGCUUUAUUUUCUUAUUUAAAAAAAACACACACACACACACACACGAGCAUUCACUGAGACGUUAUAGAGUAUGUGCAUUAACACACUUUGGACGCGUUUCGUUUUUACGUAGAUUACAAAUCCGAGGGAAUGUCUUGCAGCUUGAUGGUUACCGUUGCAGUUGAGAUAUACAGUUGUGUGGCUUGUGCUUAACUAGUGAGCAUCAUUUAGCUUUGGUCUGGCAGCUUCUGAACAGGAUUUCAGACAUCCCUUUUUCUCUUUUGCAUAUGUGAGAGACAUGACAUCAGUAUACUAAUUUGUGGUAUUUAGACUGGGCCGAUGUACAUUUUGUUCAACUUGUUAUGUUAGACCUGUUUUAAUGUGAUUAAUGUGGUUAAAUCCACUCUACUAGGCGUCUGAGGACUUAAGACAGACGGUCGAUGGGAAGACGCGGUUACGCCAGUGAUCUAUUUUGUCGUCUGCCUCUUGUACAGCAAGUCGAAAAAGGUCAAAAUGAAAGUGUCUAAAUUUAACUGCUCGUUUUGAGAUGUGAACUGGGUUCGGUUUCGAUUUUGUCAUUUCUGUUGUCGUGUUUGUUUUUGUUGCUUUCCUAGUGCCCCUUGUUUGAUAGUGCGACAGUGUUACUGAUAAAACUUGAGUGAUUUCUUUUAUUUGAACUUGACGGUUUCUUUUAAGCCCUGUCUCAGGUUCACGUACAGUACACGGUAUGUUUGCAUCUCAGGUAGAAUGCAAAGUUACAGCCCCUGAUUAAGAAAACAGAAAUUGAAUACAAACCGGAUCAAGGUGGAUCUCAAAUCAAACGGUGAAUUUUACAUUAGAACUGUUUUGUCUAUUUUUAAGUUGUUGUUGUUUAUUUGGUGCACUGUAAAAUGUGUACGUAAUGUACACUGUUGAGUAUUAUCUUUUUUUUUUUUAGACCUACUUCACACAGGACAGGAAAGGACAAACCACUCUCAUGAUAAAACGUAAUUAUUUUAUGGGUUUUAGAAAAAAAAAAAAAAUCUAAACAUGAAGGUCCACCCGUAAACC